AUGACGCGGCAGCUUUCCUCGCCUUCUCCAUCCUCAGCGCCUUCGUCGCUCACCGAUCGUCUACAGCACGCUUCGUCGACGCCUGUUCCGUCGGAGCCCGGCAGCAGUAGUAGCAGCAAUAGUAGCAGCGGAUUGCGCUCGCAGACGCUUCUGGCACGCCUGUUCCGGCGUAAGGGGCGGUCUCCGACUGCCCCGCGCCCCCUGGCCGGGCGCUCUUUGUAUGGUGAAGAGGAGGAGACCAAGGCGCGCGUGGACUCGCCCAUGCGCGCGCUGCUACGUUCCCUCAGUCUGCAGCGUGGCCGCCACAAGGCGGAGGAGCUGUGCACUCCGCCGUCUCAGCCCGUACAGGUGCUGGUCGAGGGUGUCCUGACUGUGCUCAUGCAGCAGCGCUACUGGCGCUCCACACCUUGCUAUUUCGUGCUGGAACAGACACUCGAGAGCGGCGUAGGCGCCUCUGUAAGAUUCACAUUGAGACAGUUCCGGUAUCAACCAGAGAGCAGGAGGCCCGGGCAUCUCGUGGCUAUUAUAACAUUGUCACAAAACGACGUGGUGACCGAUUUAAGAUCUCAUCGACAGGUUAAACACGCGCUGGAGUUGCAGUUGGCGUCGCCCGAUCAGCGCACAGAGGUUGCAGUGGAAGAGAGGGACGAAGAGAGCGGCGCACAGGUGCUGCGACUCGCCGCAGUGGACGAACGGAUGCACGUCAAAUGGUUACAGAUGUUGAAUUCAUGUAUUGCUAAGUUGAUCGCACAGUCAGAGACGCUGUCUCGCCUUGGGGACUCCACAGGGUGGGAUGCAGUGACGGAACCGGCCAAGAUCGUGCCAAUGUUUGGAGACGAAGGCAGGAGAGCAAGUGUGCUGGUAACCAGGGAGCGAGAUCGCAACGGCAGUGGGAUCAGUUAUACAAGCAGUGAAUGUAGCAACAACCACGCUGAGUCCGACAUCCCAGCUGAAGAGAUUCGAGCAGCGAGACAAGAUCUUUUAAUUGAUGACGAAGAGGAAGCCAAGCCAGCGGUGCACGACGUGCAGGCUACAGCACGGGUAACUCCAGUCAGUGUAAGUGAAGAGCUACUGUCUCCAACAGUUGCCGGAUACUGUUGUUCGCCGGAGUUUCCAUCGAACGAGUCUUCGAACUCUCAAGAGUUAGACACAGACAAUAACGCUACGGACGAGAAGGAAAGUAACAACCAGGAAGACAACCAAGGUGACGAUGAUUCCGAAGAAGAUUCCAUCGCUGGCGAUCUUGCGACGCAGAGUUCUGUUGCGCCUUACAAGAGUGCAGUAUUAGCAGGAAGAGGUGCUUCUACCUACCACAGUAUGGGGAUGGAAGGGGGAGUUUCUACCUACCAGCGUAUGGGACUGGAGGACGAGUACACGAAAGCCAGCUCAAGAUCAGCAGUAGCUGCAGUAAAUGGGCCCAGACCGCUUCCUCGCGCUGCCUUCGGUGCUACCAGUAGCAGUUCCGGUUUAUUUCCAAUGAUGCGGCCACAGACGCACUCUUUCAAUGCGAACGGACAGGUGUUCACCCUGGAUACUCGCUACCAACUAGUCAAGCCUAUCGGUAACGGAGCGUACGGCGCUGUGAUCGCAGUUAAGGACGUUGUGAAUGGCGGCGACAACUUGGCUGUCAAGAAAAUCACCAACAUUUUCGAGGAUCUGGUCGACGCCAAGCGAAUUUUGCGAGAGGUUCGGCUGCUGGGCCACUUCAACCACAAGAACAUCACACGGCUUCACGAUCUGUCGCCUCCACCCUCUCGAAAGCAAUUCGACGAUAUGUAUAUUAUCACAGAGCUUAUGGAGACCGACUUGCACCAGGUCAUUUACUCCAUGCAACCCAUGUCAGACGACCAUGUCAAGUACUUUUUGUACCAGAUGCUGUGUGCGCUGCACCACAUUCACUCGGCAGGAGUCCUACACCGUGACAUGAAGCCCAGUAAUAUCCUAUUGAACGCCAACUGCGACCUCAAAGUGUGCGACUUUGGUCUCGCUCGUGGAGGAGUCGGCUCGUCGUCGAGCUUGCAGCAGGAGCUACCGCAGCUGGGAGAACUCACUGAAUACGUUGUCACACGAUGGUACCGAGCACCAGAGAUUAUGUUGAAUUGUCUACACUAUACAACUGCUAUCGACGUGUGGGCUGUGGGCUGUAUCUUCGCAGAAAUGCUCUUGCGCGAGCCACUAUUCCCCGGAAAUGACUAUUUACAUCAACUCAAGCUCAUCAUCAAGUUCCUGGGCACUCCAAAGCAGGAGGAUAUCGGGUUUGUGAAGAACACGAAGGCACUGCGCUUCCUCACGAAGCUUGCAAUCUCUAAACCAAAGAAAUGGCGGGAUGUGUUUGCCACCAGUGGCGCUGAGAACGUCGUGAGUGCAGAGGCGAUCGAUCUGCUGAGCAAGAUGCUGCUAUUCAACCCGGACAAGCGCAUUUCAGUCGACGCAGCCUUGCGCCACCCGUAUUUGGCGACGUUCUUUGACGAGAACGACCUUAUUUUGUCGAAGCCGUUCGAUUUUUCGUUUGAUCUGCCGGACGAUCAGUUGUCAAAGGAUGCGCUCAUUAAUCUUCUAUGUGAAGAUAUUGAGCACUUCCAUCCACCAGUUCCUCUCUCCGUUACGCCAAUGCCAUUGAGCACCGCUGCCAGUCGCUUCUUCCGGAUGGGGAUGACAGCAUCAGCUAGUUAA